AUGGCACCCAACAUGGAGGCGGAGAUCCCUGUCUUUGUCUCCUGUGGUGGUUUUUACGGAUUGCUGGACCAACAGCCCCUGGCCAGGCGGGGUCGGUUGUGGCUGCUGCCAGGCGGAGGGCGGCUUCUCCGGCUCCCUUGGACGGCACGGGAUGGGAGCUGGGAAGAAGGCUGGCGGGAAGCCGGGGUCUGUCCUGGCGCGGUCUCGAGGGCGGCGCCCCUGCCUUCCUCCCGAGGCCUCCCUGGGCCCUCGCCCGACGCCGGCGCAGCUCCAGACCCGCGUCGGUCCGUCGAGGAAGCCGGCAGCCCGGGCCUGGCGGCCCUCACCUCAGGGGGGUCCCGGCCGCGGGAGGCCUGGGACGACGGCCCGGCCACCGGGGAGGCCCUCACCUCAGGGGGGUCCCGGCCGCGGGAGGCCUGGGACGACGGCCCGGCCACCGGGGAGGCCCUCACCUCAGGGGGGUCCCGGCCGCGGGAGGCCUGGGACGACGGCCCGGCCACCGGGGAGGCCCUCACCUCAGGGGGGUCCCGGCCGCGGGAGGCCUGGGACGACGGCCCGGCCACCGGGGAGGCCCUCACCUCAGGGGGGUCCCGGCCGCGGGAGGCCUGGGACGACGGCCCGGCCACCGGGGAGGCCCUCACCUCAGGGGGGUCCCGGCCGCGGGAGGCCUGGGACGACGGCCCGGCCACCGGGGAGGCCCUCACCUCAGGGGGGUCCCGGCCGCGGGAGGCCUGGGACGACGGCCCGGCCACCGGGGAGGCCCUCACCUCAGGGGGGUCCCGGCCGCGGGAGGCCUGGGACGACGGCCCGGCCACCGGGGAGGCCCUCACCUCAGGGGGGCCUGCGGCCCCCGAACUCUCUCAGCGCGAAGGCCCAAGGCCGGGGGACCUGGCCAGGCUGCAGUGGCCCUCAUGGCCCCUCAGGGCUCGGCUGACCCCUCGUGGCCCCUUAUCAAGCAACCGGUUGUCUCACCCCAGCUCUGGAAGGAGCACCUUCUGCUCCAUCAUUGCUCAGCUAACAGAGGAGACCCAGCCACUAUUUGAGACCACGCUGAAGUCCCGGGCUGUGUCCGAGGACAGCGACGUCAGGUUCACCUGCAUCGUCACAGGAUACCCGGAGCCACAGGUGACCUGGUACAAGGAUGACACAGAGCUGGACCGCUACUGUGGCUUGCCAAAAUAUGAGAUCAUUCAUCAGGGCAACCGCCACACACUGCAACUGUACAGGUGUCAAGAAGAAGAUGCCGCUAUCUACCAAGCCUCUGCCCGGAACACCAAGGGUAUCGUGUCCUGCUCAGGGGUCCUGGAGGUGGGCACCAUGACUGAGUACAAGAUCCACCAGCGCUGGUUUGCCAAGUUGAAGCGCAAGGCUGCCGCAAAGAUGCGCGAGAUUGAGCAGAGCUGGAAGCAUGGGAAGGAGGCAGUGGGGGAGGCUGACACCCUGCGCAAGCUCAGCCCCGACCGCUUCCAGCGAAAGCGGCGACUGAGUGGGGCUGAAGUGCCAGUCUCUUCAGCCUCUACCAGGGAGGCAGAGGGUGGGACCCUGGUGGCUUGGCAGGACGGAGAGACUGAGUCUGCUCAGCACCCAGGUUUGGGCCUGAUCAACAGUUUUUCUCCCGGAGAGGUGACCACCAAUGGGGAGACUGCCCCAGAAAAUGGAGAAGACGGGGAGCAUGGCUUGCUGACAUACAUCUGUAAGGCCAUGGACCUCGGGCCUCAGAGAGCCCCCCAAAAGGAGUCUGGGGCUAAGAAGAAAAAGAAAGAUGAGGAAUCUAAACAAGGUCUGCGGAAGCCAGAGUUAGAGAAGGCAGCCCGAAGCCACCGUUCUUCAGAAAAUCGUGUCCCCCGUUCAGACAAGCCUGAUUCCUGUGCGAUACAGGAGCCCAUGGACAUGAAGCAGGUUCAGACCCAACCCAGAGGCAGGGCUGCACGGGGGCUUGGGUCCUCUGGAAUAGAUAGUACCAGGAAGCCAGCCUCUGUGGUGGGAACUGGAGACAAGUCCCAGGAUGCCCCUGCCCCAGUCCAAGGCCCAGACCAGAAAGUGGAUUUCUCCCUGAAGGACAUGUAUAUGGAGAACACCCAGGCAAUCAGGCCUCCGAGGGAGGCGGGGUCUCAGCCCCCAAGUGUCAGGGCACCAGGAGAGAUUCCCAUGGAGGCUAGAGGUGAGGGAGUGCCUACUGCCCCUGGCCAGACCACACCUUUGUUGGCCUCUCAGCCGACUAGGCCUUUCAACAGGAAGAGAUUUGCCCCUCCAAAGCCCAGAGGGGAGCCCACCAUUGACAGCAAGCCCAUUUUUUCUCUGAGUCAAGCUCCAGAAUGCGGGACCCAGAGCUUAGGGAAGGCCCCGCCUCAGGCCCCCACCCAGGUGCCAACACCCCCUGCCCGGCGCAGACACAGCACCCGGGACAGCCCCUUGCAGGGGCCAGCAGGCAGCAGGACUCCGGGAGAGGUCCUGGAGUCCCAGGCCAUAUCAACCAGCAGCCGCUCUGACGUAGCCUCUGUUGGUUGCAGCACCUCAGGAAGUCGAGGUAUCACUGAGCCCAUGGAUAUGGGAACCCAGGAGGAUGGAAGAACAUCUGCUUACCAGAAAACUGGAAGCAAGAAGAAUACACAGGCAGAUGGAAAGAUGCAGGCGGAUGGGAGGACCAAGGGACAUAGAACACAAGCAGCCCAGAGGACACAGGCAGAUAGGAAGACACAGGAUGUUGUGACACAAGAAAGUGAGAGGCGACAGUCAGACAGGAGUUCACAGAAGGGUGUGGUCACACAGGGAAGUGCAAAGACACAGGUAGAAAGGACACAGGCAAAUGAGAAGAUACAGGAAGACAGGAAGGCGCAGGCAGAUGAGAGGACACAGGAAGACAGACAGAUACAGGAAGAAAAGGGGACACAGUCGGAGGGGAACAUGCCCACAGCCAUAAAAAGUCAGUCAGAGCAAGAGUCUGUAACCAGCCUCAGCCCACCAUCCAGAGCCCCUGAACUACUACCUUUAGAGAGUCCUAGGUCUCCUCAGAUUAUGGAAUGUUUUACACAGACCCCAGAAGGGUCUUGUGUCCCAGAAAAACCUGGUUUCAUGCUCAGAUCUGUGAAGGCCGCAGUCACUACUUCCGGGAGCCAUGAGGAAACUGUGCUGGGUCCCCUCUCAGAGAACCUUACGCUUCCAGCACAGUUGCCUCCCGAGGGGAAGUUGGAACAGGUGGGAGGAGAGAGAUGUCAAAGGCCAGAGGGGUCAGGACCAAUCAAGGUCAAGCUGGAGGAAAACCUGUUCCAGUGCCCCAAGGAGGAGCAGCAGCGGGGAGAAGUGCCAUGUAUGGAUCUGGGUGGCUGUCCUCCAGCUGGCCUGACCAAUAGCCCACAGGAGGGGUUCCCCAGCACCCCGACUUCUCAACACAUGAGCAUAGCUGCCUUCCUGCCCUCUGGGGACCAGGCCUUGCUGAGUUCUGUUCCCACACUGCACCUGGGGCCAGGGACCCCCACCCAGAGUCAACAACCAGAAACCAGUUUGGCCACCAACAGUGAGGGGGCCUGCACCCAGGUGCCAGAUGUGGAGGGGAGGACUUCAGGCCCCCGGAGCUGUGACCCUGGCCUCAUAGAUUCCCUGAAGAACUACUUGCUUCUACUGCUAAAGCUAUCCAGCACCGAGACGAGUGGAGUGGGGGCAGAGUCCCAGGCGGGGGCUGCCACUGGGGGACUAGAAUCCUCGUCCAUUCUGGUCCCUACUGUGGAAGUGGCUGGGCUGAGUCCCCGGACGUCACGGCGCAUCCUAGAGCGUGUGGAGAACAACCAUCUGGUGCAGAGUGCACAAACCCUGCUGCUGAGCCCCUGUACCUCCCGCCGCCUCACUGGCCUCCUGGACCGGGAAGUGCAGGCUGGCUGUCGGGCCCUGGCUGCCACCCAGGGCUCCCGAGGCCCUGGUCCCAGCCCACUUACUGUCCCCGCCAUCGUGGUAGGUGAGGAGGGCCCUGGGCUGGCCUCAGAAGGGUCCAGUGAGGAUGAGGGAGAGGUUUCCCUUGAGGGGCCUGGACUCCUGGGGGCCUCCCAGGAGGGCAGCUUGGGAAGGACUCUUGGGGAGAAGGGUAGGCAGGCAGCCUCUGGGCAAGGACAGCUCUUUUCAGAGAGCAGAGUCCAGGAACCCUCCCAAGAGGAGGAACCCUCCCCAGGGGAGGCUCUGACAGGUCUCCCUGCAGCUACGCCUGAGGAACUGGCUCUGGGGGCCCGGAGGAAGAGAUUUCUCCCUAAAGUCAGAGCAGCAGGAGACGGGGAGGCAACCAAGCCUGAAGAAAGGGAGAGCCCCACCGUUUCCCCCCGCGAGCCCAGGAAGAGCCUGGUACCCGGAUCCCCGGGGACUCCAGGGCGGGAGAGACGCUCCCCUACCCAGGGCAGAAAGGUGGGCAUGCUGGAGGUGCCACGGGCAGAGGAGCCAGUGGCAGAAGACCUGGGAUCCAGCCCCAAGGCCAGUGGUCUGGAUGCAGAGCUGGCUCUGGAUGAAGGCAAGGAGGAAGCUCUGGCUAAGCCCAGGAAAGCCAAAGACCUGCUAAAAGCCCCGCAGGUAAUCCGAAAGAUUCGUGUGGAGCAGUUUCCCGAUGCCUCGGGUAGCCUGAAGCUCUGGUGUCAGUUUUUCAACAUUCUCAGUGACUCAGUUUUGACAUGGUCCAAGGAUCAGCACCCAGUGGGAGAGGUGGGCAGGAGUGCAGGGGAUGAGGGGCCAGCGGCCUUGGCCAUCGUGCAGGCAUCCCCCAUAGACUGCGGCAUGUACCGGUGCACCAUCCACAACGAGCAUGGCUCAGCCUUCACUGACUUCUGCCUCAGCCCCGAGGUGUUGUCAGGAUUCAUCUCCAGAGAAGAAGGUGAAGUUGGAGAAGAGAUUGAGAUGACCCCCAUGGUGUUUGCUAAGGGUCUGGCUGACUCUGGCUGCUGGGGGGACAAGCUCUUUGGGCGACUGGUGAGUGAGGAACUUCGAGGGGGUGCACAUGGGUGUGGCCUUCAGAAGGCCUCUCAGGCCAAGGUCAUCUACGGGCUGGAACCCAUCUUCGAGUCGGGCCGCACAUGCAUCAUCAAAGUAUCCAGCCUGCUUGUUUUUGGGCCCAGCAGUGAGACUUCUCUCCUGGGCAGAAACUACGACGUCACCAUCCAGGGGUGCAAGAUCCAGAACAUGAGUCGGGAGUACUGUAAAAUCUUUGCGGCCGAAGCCCGGGCUGCACCUGGCUUUGGAGAGGUGCCCGAGAUUAUCCCACUGUAUCUGAUCUACCGGCCUGCAAACAAUAUCCCAUAUGCUACCCUGGAGGAGGACCUGGGCAAGCCCCUGGAGUCUUACUGUUCCCGGGAAUGGGGCUGUGCUGGGGCUCCAACAGCAUCCAGCAGCUCUGAGGCCAUACAGAAAUGCCAGACCUUCCAGCACUGGCUGUAUCAAUGGACAAAUGGCAGCUUCCUUGUCACAGAUUUGGCAGGGGUUGACUGGAAGAUGACUGAUGUGCGGAUUGCUACCAAACUGCGAGGAUACCAAGGCCUGAAGGAGAGCUGUUUCCCUGCCCUGCUGGACCAGUUUGCCUCCUCCCACCAGUGCAACGCCUAUUGUGAGAUGCUGGGGCUAAAGCCCCUCAAGGGCCCUGAGGCUGCCCACCCCCAAGCCAAGGCCAAAGGCUCCAAGAGUCCAUCUGCUGGCAGGAAGGGACCCCAUCUGAGUCCUCAGCCCCAGAAGAAAGGCCUCCCUAGUCCUCAGGGUACCCGGAAAAGUGCCCCAAACUCCAAGGCCACCCCUCAGGCCUCAGAGACAGUCGCUGUGCAGUUAUUGGGACAGCCUCCCACCCAAGAGCGGGGCUCCAAGGCUCAGGGUAUGCGGUAGCCCCAACAGGAGCUGGGGGCUUCCACUCAGCAGCAGACCAACAAGGAAGCAGCUUGAACUGGAUGGAGACUUCCCCAAUAUGGAACUAACCGGAGAAGGUGCACUGAGGAGGCACCACUUUGGGACCUCUCUGAGCAGCCUCUCGUCAAUCAGCUCCUCAUCAGAUGGCGCUGGUGCAUGGCACUCAUCCCACUGGCCUCUUCUGGUGCCAUCAUCACCCAGGGUUCCCAGGCCUCCAGCAGGCCCCACUUCCAAGUGCCUGGCAGCCUAGGCCCUCCUUGAAGUUUACACUCGCCACUGCUGGAGGCUGCCCUGAGUCCUCUGCAUGAAUUCUGUACCCUGACCCCUUGCCCCAGCCAAACCCUGCAGCAAAUGUUGUACUCUGGGGGCAUCAGGCCAACAUUUACCUGCUUGCCUGUGCUUGGCCCUGAUCUCUCCCUGUUCUCAGGGCACCCCAGACUUUCUCUGCUGGAUCUGGCCUGGUGACUCUCAGGGUGUCUUCUCCUUCCAGCUACUUUGCCUCAUUCAUCCCAGCUUAUCCUGCAACUAACCUGUCUCUGAGCCCAGAUGGGUUUCAGGGCCCUUCCAGAGGCUGUCAUGUCCUUGUGCAGUGGUCUUUGAUGUUGUGUGUUCAUGCUCUUCCUUCCCCAUCACUCAGGCACUUCUUUGCCUGCUUCCCAUGCUCCCUUGCCAUCCCCCGAGCCCCCAUCCCUGGCUUUGAGCCCAGUUGCAGCCUGCUCCCUGCCCUUCACUGACUCUUUGCUUGUCCCUUAGCCCAGAGGCUCUCCUAGUCCUCACCCUACACCCUGCCCAUCAAUACUCCGGUGAGGAGCAGAUCCUCUGGCCUCUCACUCCACCCCAGUACACUCAUCCCCUACUUCUCCCAGGGUCUUUGCUUAUGAGGUGAGAGCUGGCAUAAGGGUUGUGUGAGCAACUAUAGCCAGAGGGAGGGUGUUGACUUAGAGGGAGCUUGUGCUCAUACUGAAAGGAAUUGGGGUCACAGUGAAUUUCACAUCCCUUUCCAACCAGGGAUGGAGGGCUGGGACUCUUCCCCAUGGGGGAGUACAUAUGGGUGUUCUAGGGAGGAUGCAACCCAUUCAUGCACUUGAGUGGGGAGGUGUCUCUGUGCCUGGGAAUUGGGAUCCCUGCCCCCAACCAUUUGCUCUUGAUCCUGGGGCUCCAGCUCAGGCCCUCAUGUAUGGGCUCCCAAGGAAUUUCUGUGCUAGGCCCAGCACCCUGAGUCCUUCCUGAGCAUCCCUUUUUGAAGACGGAGGCAGGGUAGGUCUGGAGCUAGCCUGCUCCCCUUGGAAUACAAUAAAGGCAGCAACUGUGUAUACUGCUUGCCCUCAUCUGGUGUGGUUGUAGGUAUGUGGAGUCAGGGUCCCCUUUCCCCAGGCAGACUCUCAGAGGGUGUCCUAUAGUCCCUGGGCCACUGGAAAAAUGAAUCUAUAUUUUGGCUCCUGGACUGAAGUACAGUCUCAGCCUUCUGUGGCCACAGCUAGACAAUUUGUGCUUUUGCACAACUGAGCUGAGAGCUUGUGUACCUUAGCAGGGUAUCUGGGAACUUACGCUUUUGGAAUGAAUGGCUCCUUCACAUGGAAGAGGAACACAAAGGAAGGAACCCAGGGAGGAAGAACAGAGCUGGGGACUCUGCAGAAACUUUCUGUGUCUCUAGCUGCCUCCACUGCAGCAAGACCAGCCCAGGAGACAACCGGUGUCUGCCUCUCAGCUACUCACCGCUUCCUGCUUCUCAAGCUGCAGAGAAGUUUCUCAUUCCCAACCCCAUCCCACCCUGGGGCCUUCCCUUACUUGACAUUUCUUCCCCUCUCUUUUGACAUUUCUGACUUCUCUACCUCCUCGAGCUCAGGUGACUCCCCACUUUUUCCUCUUGCUCCAGUGUGCCCCCAACUCUCCCAGCCUGCAUAUCCAGAUUACUUUGGUAAAAUGAGAAUUGGAGCAUUGUUCAUUUAUUCAUUCACCUAUUCACUCAUCAGACAUUUUCUGAGCACCUACUUUAUGCCAGACCCUGGGCUAGCAGCUGUUGGGAGGCAAAGAUGUAUGAGGCGGUCUCAGGAGAGACUGUCUAUCUGCUAAGAUUCUUGGGUUUGGGGCAACAGAAAUUAACUUGGACCAACUUAAGUAAGGAAAAGUGUUCAUGGGAAGGAUAUUGGGGUAGAUCGCAGAACCAAAAGAAUAGCAGAAUAAUUAGCCUUGGGUAGGGUGAGAGCCAGUGUAGUUCCAGGGCUGGCCUCCUAGGAGCUGCUGUGGCUGGCAGAUCAGCACCAACUUGCCGUUGGUUCCAGUGGGUCUCCCUCCACUCAAGAUUCAAAUUCCAGUUAAGAGAAUCUGGCUGGAGGUCAGGGCCUUGUAGAGUUGGGGAGAGGCGGUUUUCCAAAGAUGGGGCUUCUUGCCAGAAUAAUGGUGGAGAGUCAUAGGGUAAAAGGGAUUUGGUAGGAAAAACCAGAAGAUACUCCCUGACGUGUGCACAGGCAUGCAUAUGUGUGCACGUGCACACACAGGCUGUUCUUCUCAUCUGAUGUGUUGUGACUCCCACAUACAACCAAAACCAAAUUCCUCUCUGCUUAGGGAGUUCAAGGUCUUAUCCAAUUACCAAGUUCAGGAGUAAUGACAGGGCUACUAUUCUCCAAAGUCCAGGGUCCCUAGUAAUAAUCUUCCUCUUUUAGUUUUAUUACAAUUUCACUUUGAAAUUCUGCAUCCUGUGUAUUAACUAGUAAAAUUAACCAUACUCAAUCAAAAUUAUAUAACCCAGCAAGAAAGGAAGUGUGGGUAAAGGAUACAGUCCAUUUCUAUAAUUGGUCAUGAGAAGUAGUAUUUAUGAUUAGGGGUUUUGGGCCUGUUGGAGUGACCCAAAUCUUCAGUUCUGAAGUCUAGCUUUUUAGUGGUCCUGCCUAUAUGACAGCCAUUUACUACUGGACAUGGUGUUAACAGGAAGCACUCCAGGAAUCCCCCAUGUCCAUCCCUGCCUCCUGCCUCCUUUUAUGUAGCAGCAGUGUAUUUUCCCUUUAUAGGUUCAUUAUCCUAGUUAAUCCCAUAUCCUUUUGUUUGUCACUCAGAGGUAUAAGGAGCCUGAAAUGGCCAGGUGGCAGCCUCAACUUCCAGUUAGCUGGAUCAUUACUGUGUCUUUUCAAGUGUGUGUUUCUUCCUUGGGGACUAAAAUCUCUGCACCAGCCUGGCCCUAAACCUCAAGUAGGAGAAAGGCAUUGAGAUGUAGUGAAAGUCUGUCCAUCUCCACACUGCUUCCUGGCCUUGUAGGAGAAGUAGCUCCGUGUACUGGUUGCCAGUUCAAAGCUUAUGCUGCCUCCUGCAGGCCUGACCCAACCUCUCAAGGUGCCGUGUCUGGUGCCAUACCUGAGUCUUUAGCAAACCAUUUCACCAUACUAUCAAGCCAACUCUUUCUGGUUUGUGGGAAUCCUGACAAGAUGAGUGAAUUCCCUACACAUCAACCCAUUACUUUACUUUUACUAUAAGUGUAUUCUUUGGCUGAGUGCAGUAUGUGAGGGUACACAAUGAUGUUUAUGGUAUUUGAUAAUGCCAUGGAUAUUGACGGUGGAAGAGGCAUGAUGGAUAAGGAAAACAAAUUCAAAUCUAAACAAGGGCCCAAAAUGGUCAAGACAAAUUGCUGUCCCCUCUUAGAGCCAUAGGUGUAGACUGAGAGAAGCUCAGCAGCAUGGCAGGAGUGAUCCACACACACUACUUACCUGUGCCUCAGAGCUCUAGCCUGGAGCAAUCAUAUCCAUCUGACGAUGGUACUUCUGGCCAUGCCUUACUUUAUGGCUAGGUGAAUCAGGUAACACCACUUUGUUAGGAGCAGCAUGGCCACCUGUGUCAUGGCCAAGCAUUCAGGCUCCCCCAGAGACCAGUGGUAAGCCAGAGGGAUGUUUCUCAAAAGGAUCAUGGUUACUUGUUGGCCAGAGCAUCACUUGGUUGCAAACCCUGAGUUCCCCUACCAUAUUUUUCUUACCAGGAUUUAUCACAAGCUCCAUAUAGCACUCUGCCACAGGCUCCACAUGGCUCCCCAGUAUGUCACGGAUAGACAGAUACCUCAAGCACAUUGGAUCUGCCAGGUCAUGUGGUCUGGUGGCACAACAGUCAUACUAAAGGCUUUCCCAGCUGGACAGCCUUAGCUUGCUCUAGGCCCAACCCAAGGCUGGCAGCCUUCUAGGUCAGUCAGUAAAUGGGUUGGAGCAAGAUGCCCCAAAGUAGCAUAUCUUGCCUGGAAUUGGACCUUAGUGGAAGGGGCUCAAAAUCUAGUAAUUUUUCCUAUAUUAUGAAGGAAAUAUUCUGACCUCAACAGACCCCUCAAACCCCAGAACUUUAUCAAAGGGGCGGACCUUUGCGUUUUUAUGUGACUGAUCUCCCACUUCUGACUCACAUGUGUGUUACCAAGGCAUCUAGGGAGAUUGCUGGGCUCCCAUCCCUUCUAUAGUUCCCAGAUAAAUGGACACAUAUCCCUUUGGGGAAGGCUGCAAGAAAGGUUCACAUAUGCAUCUAAGUGUUAAAAUAAGGUUUUCCUUCAAAAAAGGUAGUUGACUUCCUCUCCAUUUAAGGUCUGGAAAUUAAGUGGGAGAUCUUGACUUUACCUUGGCAGCUCAGAACAGACCUGUUGGCCCAAGCAGAAGCCUUUAGUUAUGGUAAUGACUAGGUGAUAUCUUAGGGACUGUCUGGUCUUUUUCAUUCCUGGGACCCAGUGAGUGAGUAACCACAGCUUGAGGUCUGAUUUCCAUGCCUGUGUCCGUUAUGGUGACUACCCUACUCUGUUCUCUUUAUCCAUCCUGCUGCUGAUAUCAGCUGAAAGGGAGCUGACUUUCAUAGAAGCUCUUCCCAGCAGCAUUCCAGGCCUAGAGAGGAAAAGCCCAAGCCUCACCAACUUAUUUCUCAUGGCAAGGACAGAGCCCAUCUUCUGGGUCCUGCCAAAGGACAGUGAGAGGGUAGUGGGCUGGAUGCUUGCCAGGGACCCAAUAAAGCAUUCUUAUCUCCUGAAAUUUUUGAAUUACUGCCUCUGUUGGAUUUUUGGUCUUUUGAUAUAAUUUAGCAUGUGCCAACAUUUAGUCCAUGUUUGCAUUAUCCAAGUCCCCUAAAACAGUAAGAACUGUAUAUGGCUGUUUGUGUUUCUACACUGAACACAGAAUCUCUGGUGAGAGAACAUACCAAUAAAUACAACAUAAACCAAAA